GGGCGCUCUGUGGGGCAGCACAAACGUGUGACGUAGAUAGCGACAAAAUGCAAGCCUUGGGGAAGACGCUCCGCUCGCUCGGGCAAUCGUUGGACAAGGUCGGCGUGGCCCUCGAGGGCCGCCUCACCUACACGGAGCGCUUGGUUCCGUCGACGCGCCUUGUGGCCAACGCCGGCAACAAACCCGUGCUCGCCGAAGGCGCCUUCGUCGCCCCGAACGCGUCGGUUGUCGGCGAGGUCUCCAUCGGCAAGGGCUCGUCCGUCUGGUAUGGCGCGACGGUCCGCGGUGAUGUGAACCACAUCACGAUCGGCGACAACACCAACGUCCAGGACCAGGCCGUCAUCCAUGCCGCCAAGAUCGCCAACGACUUCCCGACUGUCAUCGGCAACAACGUCACGAUUGGCCCCUCGGCUGUCAUCCACGCCUGCAAGAUCAGCAACCAGUGCAUCAUCGGCACGGGCGCACAGGUCCUCGACGGUGCCGAGGUCGGCGAGAACUCGAUCAUCACGGCUGGGUCCAUCGUCACCAUGGGCAAGAAGGUCCCUGCUGGCCAGCUCUGGUCGGGCAUCCCCGCGCGCCCCGUUCGCGACUUGACGUCGGAUGAAAUUGAGUUCAUCAAGCAGUGCUCGUUGGACUACGUCCAGCUGUCGGAAGUCCAUGCCGGCGAGACCGCCAAGACGUUUGCCCAGAUCGAACUCGAGAAGGAGAACCGCAAGAUCAUGGACACGGUCGGCGAGCUGGGCUUCCAGCAGAAGCCCGAAGAACGGCCUGACACGGGCUUGUUCUUUAAGUAUUAACGCAGCCUCACCGUCCGCGCGGGUAGUAGAUCCAUCUCUUUUCGUAACGAGCCGCAUCGUCUUGAAUUCUGU